GAAUUAACCGCGUAACGAUUUCAAGAUGGUUCUCUACCAUGUUUUACAUUUACUGUAACAGAUUCGUGUACAUAUCGUGUAUGUAAAUAUAAUUGGAACGUAUCAAAUAGUUAAUAUCAUUUUUUAUAUAAAUAUUAUAUAAAAUAUAACCACGUAUAUGGUGUGGAAGGAAACAUACAGAAAUUUAAUAAGUUCGUAUGUUCUUGAACGAUGUCCAUACUUUCGGCAUUGCGGUUAUUCCAAAUAAAGCAAAGCCUUAUUAUUCCUGUACAAUAUACAGUACAGGUAAAAAAUUAUGCAGCACCUCCCAAAAAGGUUAUUAAAAAAGUAUCCACAGUAGAGAAAGUUGCUCUUCCUGUUGAAAAGGAUGUCAACAAAUUGUUGACCUAUGUUUGUGGAACAAAUAUUUUGAAAGAAGGAGAAGAUAUUAAGAUAAAGCCUGAUUCUGAAUAUCCUGAUUGGUUGUGGAAUCUCAGAACUGAGCCUCUGAGAUUGGAAGAUUUAGAUCCAAAUACAAAGCGAUAUUGGAAGUUUUUACGAAAAGAAAACAUAAGACGAAAGAAUAGAUGGUGCAAGUACUAUGGAUUGCAUUAAAAUUUUAUGUAAUAUAUUGUUUGAAAAGUA